AUGGCUGAGCAAUGUUUAUCCAGCUCAACUGAUAUUCCGUCCGUAAUAAAUGUCAAUUCUCUUACUCAUCAUUCACUUUCGAAUAAACUUCAUGUUCCCACAAUCACAUCAUCGUCGUCGAUAAACACUACGUCGUCGUCGUCUUCAGCAGCAUCAUCGACAAGUUCGUUGACAAUCUAUUGUAUUGAAACAGGCUCUGUUGCUCAAUCGCUUCGUCGUCGUCAAUCGUUAACGAAUACAACUACAAUAGCGAAUAAUAUUGAGAUUACAACGACUACUAUCGAUGAAGGACGUCUGCUUAACGAUAAUGAUAAGUCUUGUGGCUUAUUGACAGAUGUUGAAAAGACAGUUACUCAAAGUGAUGGUGAUGACGAAUCGUUUGAUGAUGAUGAUGAUGAUGAUGACGAUGAAACAAUUAUUUACGAUUCACUGGAUCCUCCAUCAUUUCCAACACCACCCAAUUAUGUCAGCUCUCCCUGCCCUAUUUGUUUAGAGCUAGCAGUAUUACAAGUCUCGCCGUGUUGUUACUUUCUUUGCUGUAAUAAUUGCUGGCGCGCACAUAUAUCGUCAACAAUCAACGAUGGUCGAAUCAAAAUUCCAUGUGUAGCAAAUGAAUGUAACAAAUAUCUGACGCGAGAAUCGAUUGUCAACUUUGUCCGAUAUGAUCCUUCAUUACACGAUCGAUAUUUAAAACUAUACUUAAAUGCUAAUCAAAACCCACGUGCUAAAACAUGUCCGCGUUGUUGUCAUCUCUACUCACUGGAUGCAACAAAAGUAGUGCCGAUAGUAAAAGAGAAAAAAUUCAAAACACAUAAUCAUAAUAAGAAGAUUCCUAAACAAGUUCAAUGUUCGGAAUGUUCACUUGUCUGGUGUUUUCGUUGUUCAGCGCCUUGGCAUGAAAAUAUGACGUGCAAACAGUUCAUUAAAGGUGAUAAACUUUUGUUAAAAUGGAUCAAUCAAAAAAAUGAAGAGCAAUGGAAUGCUCGAAAAUGUCCCAAAUGUUCUUCACUUAUUCAACGUGCUGGAGGUUGUCCUCAUAUGACUUGUCAAUCUUGUGCAUGUGAAUUCUGUUAUCUGUGUGGUCGACGUUAUAUCCAAAUACCAUUUAUUGGUCAACAUAGUAAUAAAUUCAGUAUGUUCGGAUGUCCAUAUAAUUUUUAUCCUGAGAAACCAUGGCUUCGUCGAACUAUACGUGGCAUGAUCGCUACUGGUGUUGUUGUUGCCUCACCAAUCAUUGUUGCUGGUGCUGUUACUGCAGCUAUAACUGUUUUACCACCGUUUGGCAUCUACAAACUUGUCAAACAUGUACGUCACCGUCGGCACCCUCAUCUCGAAACGACAUUUCCGAUUGGUGAACCAUUUCUUCUCGAGCAUGAACUUGGUGAUCGUCAAGCAAUGAUACAAGCAGCAUUUCAUAUGGAUUUACAUGGUGACCUUACUGAUGAUAUUCUCCGUGCACUUCGGCAACAUUCAGGUGGAUUAUCGUUUACUCAUACAUUAGAAGAAGAAGAUCAUGAUGAAGAUAGUAGUGAAAUGGAUUCUGAUUUUCCCCUCUCGAUAUUCGCCGAUAUGGAUGUCGAACAUUUGUUUACCACUGAUGAUUAUGUAGUUAAUUCUCCGUUGAACUAUCACACUUGUCCGACAACACCUGCUACAAUUUUACGAAAAGACGGCAGUCAUAGUUUAACUGAUCUGCCAACAACUAAUCAAGCGAGUCUCAAUCGUCACCAUUCAAUGACAGCAGAACAUUAG